GGAAAAUUGCAGGCGCAUUGUAGAAAAUCCUGGCGUGGUUGCGCGCGUUUGGUGCGCACGCAUCAGGUGUGCACUUAGAGACUCACAUUCAGAUGGCUUAUUAAGAAUAUCUAGUAUGUUUUAAUAUAAUACAUUUUGUGAUGCAACUUGAAGAGAACACUGUGGGAUUUCUUAAGGCUCGAUUGGCUCGACUCCCGGAGUGUGUUCAUGCAGCAGCUCCCGUGACGCACGUAGGCUACUGGACAGCUGACAUAUUUUCGAACAGAAUACGAGGCACAAAGAAGCAGACGCGCAGAAAGAGCUCUGAUCGAAUCGUCUGGCAACCUUCCAAAUUCAGAAGUAAAUCAUGAAUCUCACAGAGUCGGCGUGGCUCACGGAAGAGCCGUGGAACCCUAACCGGACGCAGGAAGAGAAACUUUUAUUUGGGAUCGGAACGGAGAAUCUCAUUACGCUGGUGGUUUUUUGUCUCAUCUUCGUGCUCGGUGUGCUGGGUAACUCCAUGGUUAUCACUGUCUUGGCAAGGAGCAAGCCAGGAAAACCACGCAGCACAACGAACAUCUUCAUCCUCAACCUGAGCAUCGCGGACCUAUCCUACCUGCUUUUUUGCAUCCCCUUCCAAUCUACCAUCUACACAAUGCCCACUUGGGUCUUGGGUGCGUUCAUUUGCAAAUUCAUCCACUAUUUCUUCACAGUGUCCAUGCUGGUCAGCAUCUUCACCCUCUCGGCCAUGUCCGUGGACAGAUACGUGGCUAUUGUACACUCCAGAAAGUCCUCCACCAUCAGGGUGGCCAAACAUGCCCUCAUCGGCGUGGUGAUCAUUUGGAUACUCUCUCUGGCCAUGGCAGCGCCGAUCAUGUAUUACCAGAACAUCCACUCGGUAGAAAAUCAAACAUUUUGCUGGGAAGUGUGGCCAAACCACAACCAGAAAAAGGUCUACGUAGUUUGUACCUUUGUUUUUGGCUACGUUUUGCCAUUGCUGCUGAUCUCUUUUUGCUAUUCAAAGGUUUUAAGACAUCUGCACAAAAAGCUGAGAAAUGCAUCCAAAAAGUCUGAGGCAGCAAAGAAAAAGACAGCGCAGACAGUGCUGGUUGUGGUGGUGGUGUUCUGUCUGUCUUGGCUUCCUCAUCAUGUGAUUCACCUCUGGGUAGAGUUUGGGAGAUUCCCGCUGAACCCGGCUUCCUUUUUGCUGCGGAUCGCCGCCCACUGCUUGGCGUACAGCAACUCAUCUGUCAACCCAGUCAUCUAUGCCUUCCUGUCGGAAAACUUCAGGAAAGCUUAUAAGCAGGUGUUCAAAUGCCAGCUUGGUACAGAAGAUGUGUUGUUUAAUGAGAUCAAGGAGACCCGCAGUAGGGCAGAUGCGCCGCCUUCAACAAACUGCACCAAUGUUUGACUUUGUGCACAGAAGUGUACAAAUAAUUCAUGGUAACUGUCAAAUGAAAACUAAAUUUAAGGACGUAUUGACAGGCCAAAGUUGGAGAUAUUUCAUGGAUGUUGCCACGACCGUUCCACAUAAGCGCUGAAAGGUUUAAAUUAUUUGUACAAUGUUUGCAUAUGAUACAUAAUGCUUUUAAAUGUAGUCUGCUCUUGUUUAAUGUUUCACAUUUUGGGGAAUAAAAUUCAAGUAUGCACUCUUACAAAUCAAAAUAAUGUUAUGUUAGCUAAGAUAGUCUUUUGAAUGUUCAUCCUCUAUGAAGAAAUGUGUUGGGUAUUGACGCUAUGUAACAAUGAAAACUCCAUUUUACUGUUACAACCAGAGUUUCAUCCAGAAGUACUUGGAAAACUAUUUUUCUUCAUGGAAAUGCUUUUCCAGGUCUUUACUGGAGCCACCAUCACUUGCUGCUUGUUUGUGCGUCUUGCUACUCAUCUUCAAUAAGUGAAUAUUACACUCUAUUAGAUUUUUGGCAAAUUUUCCAGGGAAGAAUAUUCAGCUUUUUCCAGCUGUGGCCUUGUGGUUAGGACAGCUGCCUCAAGGUUCUCGAUUUGCAUUUUUGCUAUCUGGCUAACCUUGGGUACUGAUUAAUGCAAAGUUUGAUACACACUUCUGAAAUAACAGAUUUUGCUCAAAUUCCCUUUAUGUACGAUGUUAUUAUGAGUAAUCCAUUUACAGGCGGCUGUGGCUCAGUGGUUGAGCAGUCGUCCAGCAACCGGGGGGUCGGCCAUUCGAUUCCCGCUCUGUCCAAGUCCUUUCCUGUUUCCUUGGAGAAGAAACUUCACCCACCUUGCGUGCAGUGCCACUCACACUGGUGUAAUGAAUGUUUGGUGGUGGUCGGCGGGCACUGGCAACCAGGCUUCUGUCAGUCUGCCCCAGGGCCGCUGUUGUUACUUAGUGUGAAUGGGUUAGUAUUGGUUUCGAUAGAAAAGUUAUAGAUCUAAAUCCAAGGACUUAUUAUAAUUAUUUUGUCAUAUUCAUCCAUCUAAUUUUCAUCCAUCCAUCCAUCCAUUUUCUGUACCGCUUUGUCCCCACGGGGUUCGCAGGCGUGCUGGAGCCUAUCCCAGCCGUCUCGGGGCAUUAGGCGGGGGACACCCUCAACUGGUUGUACUCGCACCUAGGGACAAUUUGGAGUGCUCAAUCGGCCUACAAAGCACAUUUUUGGGAUGUAGGAGGAAACCGGAGUGCCCAGAGAAAACCCACGCGGACACGAGGAGAACAUGCAAACUCCACACAGGGAGGUGGAAUCGAACCUGCACCCUCCUAACUGUGAGGCGGACAGUGCGCCACCGAGCCGCCAUCUAAUUUUCAUGAUUUCUCAAAAUAUUUAUCAAGGAUGGUUUUAUACGAAGGGUGGCACAGUGAAGCACGGGUUAAGCACGGCGCCUCACAAUUCAGAGAUGGCGAGUUUGAUUCUGGCUUCCGUAUUCCUGUAUUGAGUUUGCGUGUUCUCCCCAUGCCUGUGUGGGUUUCUUCCGGGUACUCUGGUUUCAUCCCAUAUUCCAAAACCAUGCAUGGUAGGGCGAUUGAGCACACCAAAUUGCCCGUGCGUGUGAUUGUAGAUGGUUGUUUGUCAAUAUGUGCCCUGUGAUUGGUUGGCAACCAGUUCAGAGUGUACCCCGCCUACUGCCCAAAGUCAGGUGGGAUAGGAUCUAGCAAGCAAGCGACCCUCGUGAGGAUAAGGGGUUCAGACAAUGGAUGGGUGGAUUAAACAAGUCUGGAUAAAGAUGCAUGUUAAUAUACAACAAAUACAUCUUUUACCAUACUCUAAUGACGUUGAUUAACCACUAAUGAAGAUUUCUCCCACCACAUAAGUAAUGCUCUGCUACUACUGCUCAUUAUGAUACCAGUAUUCUGUAAAAUUAAUGAUUAUUUUAUUGAUAAACCACAUGUGUUAUUACAAUUGUUUUAAUUUAUUGAAAACAAAAUGUUUGAUGUUGAUUUCUUCUGAGAAAAAAUGUGUAGUGUGCUGUAACAGAACAAUUUUUAUAAGUUGUUGUUGUAGCAUGCAUACUCCAACAGCAUGUGCACUGGUAUGUGAAAUACUGUAUUGCUUAACUUUGUGUGUGCUAUUUCCUUGUGAGUCUCGUGAGAUCUUACAGCAGGUUGGAGUGUCUUGGAGUGUCUAGUUAUUUGUGUAGAAAAUACACAGUUUCUUUUCUAUUGUACAUAUUAAAAACUGAUCAUUUUUUAAUCACCCCAACUAUUCCCCCCCACACACAAAAAUGACUGUGCUGCAGUUGAGUGUAGCUCCAGUGGUCCAAAUCUGAUGUUUUUGUGACAUUCAAAAUUAAUUAUGUAUACAUUGAACUUUGUGGUAGUUCCACAUAUUUUAUUAUUGCAGUUUCAUUCAGCGGUUUUUAUGUUUAAAAAUCUCUUGUGUACACUGUGAAUUGAAAUUUUGUUUGUUCAUUCCAUUUAACCUCAUUGCCAUAAAAGGAGCUUUGUCUUCAUUCCCAGUGAAAGCAUGAACUGAUGAUUUAGACUUCCUUUGCUCCCACAAUGAGUUGAAGGAAAAUAACAAAGAAGGUUCCCAUCGGUGGGGUCCCAUCAACAGUCUGUUUUGUUGAUGACAGACAAGUGGAGGGCAUUUGCUGACAUUGUAAUAUAAGGUCUUGACCUGAUUUCAACAAUUAUUGUGCAAGGCCUAUUUGAUUUAAGAUUGUGAACAUUUCUGGAAGGAAAAGUGUUCUUUAAUAAAUUGUAGUUAAAAAAAAAACACACGGUCAUAGUAGGCUCUGUGUCUACGGCAAGUUGCAAAUGGUUGAUUGUUAUUCGAGAAGUAUACGACAGACAUUGGCCACAGAAAUUAAAAAGGGAUAGUGUUUAAACUCCCCUCCAAAUGCAUGGGAAAAAUAGACUCAAAAUAUUUGGGUGUGACAUCACAAGAUUAUUUCAACACAAGAGCUCAACAUUUGAUCUUUUGGGUGUUUUUACCUGGAUACACAACUUUGACAGAUCGUCACAUUUAUUGGAGAACAAAAUAUUGGAACUGAAUUGAAAGAGUAAAGUGAAGAAGAAUUGCAAAUGCUUUGCAUGGGAAAGCCGCAUCGUUUUGCAUAUUUACAUACUCACAAUAACCAUUCAAAAAGAAAUGCAAUGUAUGCACAUCAUUCGAUAUAGAAAGUAUAAAAAGGGGCAAUCAAAUGUUAGCAGAAAACACAUUUGAAGACCUCUUCUGAAAUUGUGCAGUUUUGGCUCAACAACAUAAACAUUGCCCAUAGCAGCUUCAGAUCAUUUUCAAAAAUAUCAUAAAACAAUGGCUUGGGCUACAUCCUUUUUUGUUAUCUUUUUUAGUGACAGUUGACCAUUCAUAGCUAUGUUUCGCUUCAAACUAAAAUGGAGUUUGCAAACACCCAAUGAUACUUGCUAGCAUUGCAAGCAAGGACAAUCUGGCUCUGUACUUUUGAAAAGUGAAAGAGAGGUAUGUGACGUUUGUUCACCAAUAUACCCUACUUACUGUACAUGGACCGCCGGGAUAGGCUCGAGCACGUCCGCAACCCUUUGAGGCUGAAACAGUUCGAACAAUUAAUGGUUGUUAAAGCCAAUGAACCGCACGGUGCUGCUUUCAUCACUAAACUUUUCAAUAUGCCCCCUUCCACCCUAAAUCAGUGUAUUCAUUUUCCUUUAGGAAUUGACA